AUGGUGCACCCCGAUGAUAGACACCUACAACAAAUUCUUUGGAGAUUUAAUAAUUCGGAUCCAAUUCAAACAUACCAGUUGUGUACCGUAACAUACGGACUAGGACCAUCCUCUUAUCUAGCCACAAGAACGCUAUUGAGACUUGCUGAGGAUGAAGGGUGCCAUUACCCUAAAGCUGCAUCGCUGGUAUCGAAAGGGUAUUACAUCGAUGAUUUCAUUGGAGGUGAUGAUACAGUUGAGGGAGCUAUAGAACUGCGGAAUCAAAUGAGUAAUCUAAUGGCAAAGGGAGGCUUUAUAUUACGUAAAUGGGCAUCAAACAAGCUGGAUGUACUUCAGAAUCUACCAUCAGAUCAAAUCGGAACACAGUCGUCCAUAAAGUUUGUUCCGGAUGAGAUGAUUAAAACGUUAGGCAUCACAUGGGAACCCGAGUCGGAUUAUCUGCGUUUCAACAUCACUAUCAAGGAGAACGACGGCCCACUCACCAAACGAAAAAUUCAAUCAUGCAUCGCCCAACUUUUCGACCCUUUGGGAUUGAUUGCACCGGUCGUAAUAGCAGCUAAAAUAAUUAUGCAACGUUUACGGCUUGUUCCUAUUGGGAGGGAUGAUGAAGUAUCUACGGACUUACGCGAACUAUGGCAAGAUUUCCAACCCCAAAUUACUCAACUAUCACAGUUCAAGGUGGAUCGAUUUAUAUUUAGCUCAAAGAAGAAAACUAAACAAUUGCAUUGUUUUGCGGACGCGUCUAAACUAGCAUAUGGUUGUUGCGUUUAUGCUCGCACGGUAGAUCAAGAUGAUACGGUUAAGGUCCAACUAAUAUCGUCAAAGUCUAGAGUUGCUCCUCUAAAGCGACUCAGUAUACCCAGACUCGAGCUCUGCGCUGCCUUGCUUGCCGCACGUUUGUACUGUAAGGUUGCCCAAGCCCUGGAAAUGGAAUUUGACCCUGUGCAUUUUUGGUCAGAUUCUACGGUUGUGUUAAACUGGUUGCGAGCACCGCCUUACCACUGGAAAACAUUCGUCGCCAACAGAGUUAGUGAAAUUCAGACAUCAACACGCAGCGCUGAAUGGAAACACGUCCCAGGUAUACAAAAUCCCGCAGAUCUAGUCUCAAGAGGAAUGCACGUCAAGGAGUUGUUGGAAAGUGAUCUAUGGAGUUAUGGUCCGGAAUGGUUGAGCAUGCCAGAGGGAAAUUGGCCCGAAGAAAGUCCAAUGGUACCAAUACCAGAGGAAUUGAUGGAGAGGGAAACGGUGGCGGCCGGGGCAGUUUGCUAUGAGAAACACAACUCUAUUUUUACUCGAUAUUCACAUUUCAAUAAGUUGGUACGUGUAGUAACAUGGCUUUUUCGAUUCCGGCAUAACUGUCAAUCACGUAUUCUCGGUCAGCCUUUGUGUCUAAACACAACUUUAACAUUAGAGGAAAUAGAAAACUCGAAGACUCAGCUUAUUCAAUUGGUACAGGCUGAAUCUUAUGCUCAAGAACUAAAGAGUAUUUUAGCUGGAAAACUUGUUUCACCAAAAUCCACUGUAUGA